AUGAUCGCCAAAACAGAGCCAGCAGCAACCUGGAAAGCCCUCCAGGAUGCUAAGAAAAUUGAGCAGAAUUCUCGAAUUCCCGAGGCCUGGAAGCUCAAGGAGAAUCCACCAGAAGACAUUCGUGAUGUCCGGUCCGUGGCUGAGACAUGCGGAAUUUUGACCGAGAGGGAGCUUAAGAUUACGGGCGACAACUACGAUGCCACCUCCCUGGCGGGGGCGAUCGGCGCGGGAACUCUCACGAGUGUCGAGGUCGUGAGAGCCUUCUGUAAGCGCGCAGCUAUCGGCCACCAGACCUGUAAUAUGCUCACGGAGAUCAUGUUCGAGCAGGCCCUUCAGCAGGCCGAGCGCCUCGAUGAGGUGUUACGCAGCACGGGGAAGGUCGUCGGUCCCCUUCACGGCGUACCCAUGACCUUUAAAGAAUGCUUUCAUUUCGAGGGUUAUGAUUCAUCCAACGGCUAUCUCUCGCGGGUGUUCCAGCCUGUGGAUAAGACGUCUCCGCUGGCAGAGCUGCUGCAAAACGCCGGCGCCAUUAUCAUCGCCAAGACAAACGUUCCCCAGACGAUGCUGGUAGCAGAGAGCGAUAACAAUGUUUUCGGAAGGACAAAAAACCCCUGCGUCAGCCACCUAACAUGCGGGGGUAGCAGCGGCGGUGAAGGUGCAUCGCAGGCUUUCCGGUGCAGUGCGCUCGGGGUCGGAACCGACGUUGGCGGAUCCAUUCGCAUUCCUGCAGCAGCGAACGGCGUCUACGGAUAUAAGCCCAGUUUCGGCAUCAUACCCAUGAUUGGAUAUUCAUAUUCGGGGUGGGUAGGUAGUAACACUGGUAUUCCUGCCGUUGCUGGUCCAAUGGGCCACUCCAUGCGGGAUCUAAGUCUUUUCGCUCGUGUGAUUCGGGAUACUAAGCCCUGGUUGUUGGACCCAGCCGUGAUUCCAAAUGUCAUGGAGAUGUCCUUCGAACCAGCGAGGAAGCCGCCCGUUGUGGGCGUGAUCUACCAGUCCGGGCUGACACCUCAUCCUCCAGUCCGCCGGGCUAUACGCGAAGCCGUUCAAAAACUUAGCGCUACAGGCUUCGAGGUCCGAGAGUUCAACCCACCGGAUUUUCUCGAAAUCCGCAAGGUGACAGAGCAGCUGUUCACAUUAGAUGGACUGUCGUACCCUAAACAAGAGCUAGAGAAGGUAGGCGAGCCGGUUGUCUCCUCGGUCAAGAAGAUCGGGUUUUGGGAUCUGCCUCGUAAGAGUCAAGAAGAGGCAUGGCACUGGAACGCCAAAAAGGGCAAGAUUCAAAAGGAGAUGUUAGACGAGUGGAAGCGAGUCGGCUGCGAUGUCAUCCUAACGCCAGCUGGUCCGCACACAGCGGUCUUACCGGGCAAUUGGCUGAGUGAUAUAUAUACUGUGGCGUGGAACUGUGUUGAUUAUCCUGCGGUUAUUCUGCCGUUCACGCAGGCAGAUAAGGAAAAGGAUCCUGUUGACACAGCAUUUCGACCAUUGGAUGACGCGGACCUGCAUAACCAGGCUAUGUAUGAUCCUGAGUUGAUGCAUGGCGCUCCUGUCGCUGUGCAGAUUGUAGGCUUUAGGCUGGAAGAUAAGCAUCUACUUAGGCACGCAGAACUUAUAGACUCUGUCCUCAAUGGUCAAUAA